AUCAGAUGUUUUGGUGUUUGCCAUUUGUAUCCGUUUGCGUUAGCCAGGUGCUACUGUUUUUCAGAACAUUGAUUACUAACAACGUUAACAACAAAUUUAUUUAAGUACAAUGGGUUGUGAUGGUGGAACUAUUCCUAGAAGGGACGAAUUAGUUCGCGUAAAGAAGAAGCCUGAAACUAAAGACAAGGAUUCCGCUCUUGCAUUCCAAUGGCGUUGUUGUGCAAUAACACAGCAAACACUUCAAGAACCGAUUGUCGUCGAUGGCUUAGGCCGCCUCUACAGCAAAGUCUCCCUUAUUGAAGCCCUCCUCAACAAAGAAACAAUGCCUGAAUCAGCAAAACAUAUAAACUUAAAGGAUGUUAAAAAUUUGAAUCUUACACCAAAUCCAGUACAUAAUACUGCUGACAAGAAAGGUGGUGCAACUGAAACAAGCAGUGCACCAUACAUUUGCCCUGUAAUUGGGCUGGAAAUGUCUGGAAAGUUCAGAUUUGUUGCUAUUUGGAGUUGUGGAUGCGUGUUUUCCGAGCGUGCAUUAAAGGAAGUACCAACUAUAACCUGUCACAAAUGCCAGAAAGCAUUUACAACUGACGAUGUUGUCAUUAUUAAUGGAAAUGAAGAGGAUGUGAUAGUGAUGAAGACUAGGAUGGAAUUAAGGCAAGCACAGAAUAAGAAGAAUAAGAAAAAGAUUAAAACUGAACCUGUAGAAGAAACUAUAACUUCAAAUACUACUACAACUACCUCUGUUGAAACAAAGAGUGAGGUUGUAUUAAGAAACAAGGCUGUUGCUAGUGGCAGCAAUGAUAAAAAUGUAAAAGUGCAGCCAUUGUUGCCGUCUAAGCGACUGGGUGCGUUGGUUUCUAAGGUAAAUGACGAGAAAGCUAAAAAGGCGAAGAUGGAUUACAGCGUCGCAAAAGAUCCAAACGCGUCAGAUGUUUAUAAAUCAUUAUUUACCACUCACAAAUCUGAACAGGAACAAGGCAGAGCUCAUUGGAUAACAUAUAAUCCAUUUUAUAAUUAAAAUAAGCUAUUAACAUUUAUGUUUAGUUAGAACUAUACAAACAACAGAAGCACAAAUUUAAGUAGUGUGAUUUUGUAGUUUUUAAAUAAGACUUAUAUUCCUUGAUACCGAAAAACCUUUGUAACAUGACCUUUCAAUGUGUACAAAUAAACAAAUCCAAUAAA